CGCGGCCUGUGGUGGGGCUAUGGUAUCGGUGUGUAUUUGUCCGCCACGGCCUCCCUUCUUGCUUGGUCCUGGCUGGGAUGUAAAGAGGCGGGGAGGGAAUGGUCUAGCAAGCAAGAAGCUGUGAUACCAUACCACCACACGGGAAUGUAAAACUUCAAGUCUGCAAUCACCCACAAGACGCCGUGUCUGCGUGCCUAAAUACCUAACAUUUAACCUGGUUUCUAAUGGAAGCAGAUGGAUUUGUGAGGAGGCGUCGGAUGACAGCGGAGACUACAGGCAAUGAUUCCGGGGUUGCUGGUGCAUCUGCCGGGGCAGAAGUUCGAUGGCUGGGGGGCAGAUUCUGGGGAGUUUCGGAAAGUAUCGUGGGAAGCCUGACCCCCCGGGUCGGAGGGGAAACGGAGCUACAGACUGUUGAUUUUAUCCGUAGUGCACAGGAUGCACAAACAGAGGACACUGAACCAGACUAUGAGGGUUUGCCACAGGGAGCCUCCACAAGCACCCACAUGUUGGCUGGAGCCGUGGCCGGGAUCAUGGAGCAUUGCCUCAUGUUCCCAAUCGACUGUGUCAAGACACGCAUGCAGAGCCUCCAGCCCGACCCUGCAGCCCGCUACAAGAAUGUGAUGGAUGCUCUUCGCCGAAUUGUAGCCACAGAGGGAGUCUGGCGGCCAAUGAGAGGGCUGAAUGUAACGGCAAUUGGGGCGGGACCUGCCCAUGCCCUCUACUUUGCCAGCUAUGAGAAACUCAAAAAGACUCUAAGUGAUGUCAUACACCCAGGGGCUAACAGCCAUUUGGCUAAUGGAACAGCUGGGUGUGCGGCCACACUACUUCACGAUGCAGUCAUGAACCCAGCGGAAGUUGUGAAACAGCGCAUGCAGAUGUAUAAUUCACCCUACGGCGGCGUGAUGGACUGUAUACGGGCCGUGUGGCAGAAAGAGGGCCCUGCUGCGUUCUACCGCAGCUACACCACCCAGCUCACCAUGAACGUGCCCUUCCAGGCGCUCCACUUCAUGACCUAUGAGUACCUCCAGGAGCUGCUCAACCCCCACAGACAGUACAAUCCCUCAUCCCACAUGUUGUCCGGAGCUUUGGCUGGAGCCAUCGCAGCUGCGGCAACCACACCUCUGGAUGUCUGCAAGACCCUGCUCAACACCCAGGAGUCUCUGACCCUGGGCCAGGGCCAAGGAGCCCACAGACACAUCUCAGGCCUGGCCCAUGCCUUCCGGACGGUUUACAGGUUGGGCGGCCUGCAGGGCUUCUUCAAGGGAGUCCAGGCGAGGAUCAUCUACCAGAUGCCCUCCACAGCCAUCAGCUGGUCGGUCUAUGAGUUCUUCAAGUAUGGACUCACCAAGCACCAGCACAAUAAGAGGAGAGCGCAGCACGUGGAGGCUGAGAUUUAGAGAUCUGAGCUCUCCUUUGUUUAUUCUCCUCUAAUAUUGUUCUGUCCUCCCUGUGAGGAGAAGAUCAAGUCAAUACGCACAUAGAAUCUGACUAAAAUUCACCUCAGUUGUCCCAUCCUUUUCAGACAUAGCAGAUAAGAAAGACCACUUCAAAGACAGUUUGAGUUGUUUUAUUUCUGCUACACUAUUUCAAGACUAGGUAUGGUUUGGGUUGUUUUUUUUCUCUCCUGUAGAAGAAAACAUUUACACAGUAAUAUAGGACUAGUUAAUCUUCAGUUUUUUUUUUUAAGCCAUUCCAGUCACCACUACAUUUGUCCAAAUGGAGGAUAAGUGUAAGAACGCACAAGUUUUGAGUUGGAAAGGUAGUCAGCAGAGGGCACUAGUGUCACUUUGUUAGCUCUCUCUCUCUCGUUUUAUAGACUUUGCUCUCCUAGAACCAGAUUCCCAUUUUCACCCAUCCAAGCCUUCAGUUUGCAAAUGAAAAUUAUAACUGACUCCUGAUACAGA